GUUUCUGUCACGGGCACAGCGGGCACAACGGGAAUCCAAUCCACACCCCCGGCGAGAUUAACCAUUCCCCUGCGACAUUCGCUGGCUGCAAGCGUUUAGUUUAACGAGCGUCUGGGUCUCCGCCUCCUCCUACAACGAUUACCGUGUCUGCGGCCGUCAUUCUUCUCCCUCGCACACACGCACAACUUGCGCACCUGCACACUGUCAACUCCCCGCUCUGCACCAUCUGCGUACCCGCGGCUUCCCCGUCGCGGACCCGCGAGAGCAGGACAAUGUCGACGCCGACCACCGCAACCGCUACGCUGCCGCACUACAGCCCUCAUACUCACCAUCUCCGCUACUCGCACCACCCGCACCACCCGCACCACUCGCACCCACACCAGCAGCCGUCGUACCCACAGCCCAACUCGUCAUCGUACCGCCCGCCGCACCCAAUCCUCCCUCCUGCCUCCCGGCUGGCCUACCCGUCGCCCGGCCACUCGUCUGCCGCGAGCCUCGUCUCGGCAAAUGGAGUUGCCGCGGUCGCCGGGGACCACACAACGAGACUAGUUCCGCCCGAGUCCGACCACCGCUACACCGCAAUGCCACCGGCCGUGGACGUCCAGGCCCGGCCUCUGGCCGAGCCGCAGCCUCCCCGCAAGAGGAGACGGUCGAGAGAGCCCGACUGGAAUGCUUUCUACAAGAACGGCCUGCCCAAGGAAGUCAUCGUGAUUGACGACACGCCCGAGCCCGAGCGCCCGAGCGGACCGACUGGUUCCUCUCAGACGUUGGUUGGCAGCGGUAGUGCACAACAAACGGCCCCCAACAGCGCGCCCGGCUCGUCCGCAAAGAAGCGGAAACGGGACGACGAGCCGACACCCUAUGAUCCCGUCCGGCACAGCGCCGCCGUCGGCUCCCACACGCCGAGCAAAUCGACGGCAGCGAGCGACCGGACAAACUCGGCCAUUCACACCACGGCCGCGACAUCGCUCGGCUCGCUCUCGUCCAACGGCCAGUAUGAGUACGAGACGCAGGCCGCGCAGAAACGGAAGAGGACGACACGCCAGCAGAUCGCCAACGAGGCGAGACGCCGGGAGGCUGCAAUAGUCAGCGAUGCCCUUGCCCACUACCGGCCGCCUCCCUACCCUCCGAAGAAGGCGCGAGACGUGCACAUCAAGGUCAUACAGGACCCUCCGCACAGCAAGAACGUCCGUGUCGACGAUGACGACGGUCACUACAUCGUCGUCCCGGAUAACGACCUCACAGAUCGAUAUCAAAUGAUCAAGCUUCUCGGACAGGGCACGUUUGGCAAAGUUGUGCAGGCCAGGGAUAAACUAUCCAACAAGCUCGUCGCCAUCAAGAUCAUCCGCUCGGUGCAAAAAUACCGCGAGGCCAGCAAAAUCGAGCUGCGGGUGCUGGAGACGCUCCGGGCCAACGACGAAGAGAACCGGAACCGCUGCAUUCACCUUCGGGAUUGUUUCGACUACCGCGGGCACAUCUGCAUCGUCAUGGAUCUGCUCGGCCAGAGCGUGUUCGACUUCCUCAAGAGCAACAGCUUUGUGCCGUUCCCCAACAGCCAGAUCCAGAGCUUUGCCCGCCAGCUCUUCACCAGUGUUGCUUUUCUUCACGACCUAAACCUGAUACAUACCGAUCUGAAGCCCGAGAACAUCCUGUUGUGCAACAACGAGUACCAAACGUUCACGUACAACCGGAAGAUCCCGUCCUCCAGUACCACAAACCCUCGCACGGCCAGUCAACGAAAGGUCCUGUUAGAUACGGAGAUACGGCUGAUUGACUUCGGUUCCGCCACGUUCCAGGACGAGUACCACUCGGCAGUGGUGUCUACGCGCCACUACCGGGCGCCCGAGAUCAUCUUGGGCCUAGGAUGGUCCUUCCCUUGUGAUAUCUGGAGCAUCGGAUGCAUCUUGGUAGAAUUUUUCACCGGCGAUGCCCUGUUCCAGACUCACGAUAACCUCGAGCAUCUGGCCAUGAUGGAAGCCGUUAUUGACGCCAAGAUCGACGUCAACCUCGUGCAUCAGGUCAACCGGAUGACAAGAAACGGCGGCAACCCCGCGUCUAAAUACUUCAAGCGUCUCAAGUUGGAUUAUCCUACCCCAGAGACGACUCGAGCAUCCCGAAGAUUUGUCAAGGCAAUGAAGAGGCUUCCAGAAAUUGUCCCUCCAACCACGAAGUUCCUGGCACAGUUCCUGGAUCUUCUCCAAAAAAUCUUCGUCUACGACCCUGCACAGCGCAUCACGGCGAAGCAGGCACUGCAACAUCCGUGGUUUCGCGAAGUCGCACAUCCCGAUGACGGGACUGAAGCGGCGCGGAUCCGUGCAGAGAAACUGAGGGCCCGGGAGCGGGAGCGGGAGCUGGGGCUGUCUGCGGCCAGCCAUGGGCCCGUUGUGGAGGAGCGGGCGAUGCGAAGGUGAUGACGGCCAUCUAGCCCCAAAGAGAAGGGGCCAUCGGACGUUGGGUUUCUGGGACGCGGUAUACGUCCUCUUGCAAACGGAGGACAGGAAGCACAGUCACGAACUUAUGGCA